GGUGGUGGUGCGCUCUGAUCCCACGCGAUCAUCCCGCUGAGGGGGCGAGAUGACGUCUCGACGGAGCGCCGCGCGACCUCGUCGCUCGUCGCGGAUCGCCGCUUCUCGCGCGUAAACCCAAAUUCCACUCGUGAAAUUCCCGCCCGACCCGACCGCCCGCGACGUCGAUAUCGGAUAUCUCGCCCGAGAUCGUCCCCUCUAGGCACCAAAUUUUCACCCCUGUGGGGGGGACCCUGCCUCCGUCGAACGAGACGAGAUAGAGUAAAGGACACGCGACGGUCGUCCCGAUUUGGGAAACACUAGUUUGUACAUAGCUAAAACUCGUCCCGCGAGACAGCUUCCGCCGGAGAGAAACUUCCUUAUGCGCUAAUUCAGAUAGUUACCGAGAUUUGGAAUUUAAACUCUUGCUCCUGCUAGAAGAGAAAUCGUCAUUAACCCCCCCCCCUCCUCUCCCCCCCUGGGGGAUUUGCCUGGCGCAAAUCGAAGGAUGCACGUGAUCCUAUUUAACGCUACAUUCAAUUAGAAUAUGUCGCGUAAGUCUUUAAAAAGCAAACGAGGGGAAAAGGUCGAGCACGCUGCAGCGACUACACCGCUCCGGUGGCGGCCGAGAGAUGACUAUACCGGUGGCGAGAGAGAGAGAACGAUAAGCCUAUUAUCAGCCAGCUUUAAGUGAAGCGGGAUUGAUCGUGUAAAAAUAACCGGCGCGCGGCACAAAAAAAAAAAAGAGGAUCACGUGGCGGGAAUGCGCGCGAGGUGCACUUUAUAGUCGGCGGGCGACUGUAUCAGUGCGCGAUACGCGAUCGUCAAGAAGACCGUCCGUGAGAAACCCCGUGGGUGACUUCCGGUCCGGGAAGGGGGUUCCGCGUGAGCCGCGUGCCUCGCUCGCCGCUCCGGAAAUGCUCGCGGGGAUCGUCUUAUUGUUAGCGUCGGGUGAUGACGAUUGGCGAGCGAAUUGUCCGUAACAAGAUUAGAUGAUGACGGAUUCCCCGACACCAUCGACCAGCAGACAUCACGACGACAAAUCCGACAAGCCCGAGAGAUCUGAUAAAACGGUGUUACUGCAAAUUCAGGACAUAAACAGUCAAGUAGCGCAGUUCCGAGAUUUACUUAUUAACAUCGGACAGCCGCGCGACUGUCCGGAGCUGCGCGAAAAAAUACGGAAGCUGCGUCGCAACUGCGUGGAGGCUUGCAAGAGUACAGCUCAACUGGUCCUGCCGCAUGUGCAAAGUGCUAUGGACGUCGGGAUACCGGUUGACAGUCCAAAUCUGGUGCUGUUGUUCUACGUGGCUCAACUCUUCUUACGCGAACUGCACAAGAGUAAAAACCUCAUAUCCAUCAUACCCAUGGACAUGUCCGGAUAUUACGAGAACCGCGCUGGUCCCUCGUAUAUCGGCAAUGUGGUCUCGCAGAUCCUCCUGUGCAAACAGAUUAGACCGGACUUCAACGAAGAGGAGCUCUGCAGCAUCCGAAAGGACUCGGAAGAGAUCGGCCAGCUGAUAGCGGAGCUACAAGAAUUUAUGCCCCAAUCUGAGGCUGACACGGAGAAACCGGUGGCCCUUCACAAUCCUGGGAACAAAAUCAAUCGGAACAACGGGACACGGAGGAUGCACCGAUGGAGCAGCAACAGAGACCGACAAUCGUCCUACUUCCGCAACGGUUUCAGAUUUCUGUGCUGCGCCGCGAGUACUAAUUACGUUUAACGUACAUAUAAUUCAUCUCGAUUCAUUAAAACGUAAUAUAGUUCCGAUUAAUUUAAUAAUGAAUAAUUAAUACGCACUGAUAUUUUCGCAGUGAUUUCAACGCUAAAUUCCCUAAAAUAAAGUUAACAGGAAUCGACGGGGCUUCGGCUUCGUAAACUAAUCACGAUGAAAAGUCCCCGUUUAUUAAAGUAUCCUAAGAAAGGCGUAGUAAAUAUUAUACAGUUUGGCGAUUUAUCUUCAAAAGAAUACUCAAAGUUGCUUCGCUUUCGACGAAGCUUUAAUAUCGCGCGUUCAUUUAUCGUAAUUUCUCAACCAAUCUUCGCAUCAUUAAUAUACGAGUACGUCUCUCUUGGGAUACUCUCUAUGAAAGACUAUACGGACAAAGAACGUCGCAACGAUACACUUCGUCGGAUAACACUUCGAGAGGCCUAACCGAAAGGCCUAAAGCUGCCCCAUUCGGGAGAUAUCCUUGGAAGAAAUUUUUAACGCGCGUACAGCCGGUGACAAUCAAGUAGAAGCUCGAGACGUCAAUAAUUAUUACAAAUCACAUCGCAAUAGAUACGGGUAAACGGAUAACGGGAAAGGAUGAAGCAAAAAGGGGGAAUUUCAGCACCUUUUUCGUCUUUCAGCAAGAAUUCUAGUGGCACUCGAUACUGCUCCCAUUUUUUUGGACGUUCUUCUGUAGUCUUCUCUCCUAAGAACUCGCUGUCCCAUUAAAUUUUCAAGUCGCGGACAAAGGAGCCGCCGGUGUCGAGGAGCCCCUUUAUUCAAGUCCACUCCACAAUCGUUUCAUUAAUCCCGCUAUAAUUGCUCGGAUGAUCUAACUCGAAUUUUUCCAAAAUCGUAUCUCUUAUGGUAAUCAAUUUUCUCAGUUCGUCGCAUUUUAGAUCUGUCGUUUGUGUCAAAUUUAAUCGGACAUCUUCAACAAGGUAAAUCUAAUAAUAAUCGCUCGUAAUCAAAACUAGCUUGUAAUCUUUCGAUUCCGGGUCUUUAAAUCCUAGAAUCUAGACGAACGCAUUCGAACAUAUUGUCGAAUAUAUUGUCAGAGUAAAAUCGCGUCUGUGUCGUGUCAAAACGAGUAGAUGUACGUUAUGGAGCAAUUAUAAUAUCCUAGCGUAUUUACAAGUGAGUGGACCAACCUCGAUCUAUUUAUAAUGCGCGACGGACGCACACGCAUUAUA